GUGUUUGUAAAAUAGCGUCGUAACGAACGAACUAAAAACCAACAGUGCGUCCAGUCGAGAGCUAGUGAAAAUGAUCCCUUGUAUUAUUAUUUUAUUAUUUAUUUAAUUAUUACUAUUAUUUGUUUAUUAUCAAUUAAUUUGUCAUGUAAAAUAUUUGUUUUUAAUUUUUGUUUGUGUUGACUCAAUAAUUAUUAAAUAAUGUAAAUUUAUUGUUAUUCUUUUGUUUGACAACGACUUUGUGAAGGACUUUUUACUCUUUUUUUUUUUUUUAUUUAGUGGUUACACGUGAAGAUGUGUGAUACAGCAAAAUUGUGCAAAUAUUGUUGUGAAAUAUUCUGGUAAUGGUACAGAUUUAUUGUGAAAUUAAUUUUUUUUUUUUAUAAAUUAUUAAACAUGGGUACACCGGAUAUUGAUAAUUUUUUGGCUGGACGUUUGGUUGAAUGGUUUGACAAUUGCCUUGAGGAUGAUCAUCGACUGGCAAGUUAUGAUGAGCUAGUUGAUGGAACACUUAUUCACAAUGUAUUUUUACAAAUGAAUAUUGAGCCUAUUCAUGAUGGUAUUAUUCCCAGCUGUGGGAAUCCAAUUAUCAGAAUGAAAAAUCUUGAAAUGAUUGUUGGUAAUAUAAAGCAAUUUUAUGAAGAAGAAUUGGGACAUAUUUUAAUGAAAGUUCCUGAUAUAACAAAUUUAGGAAAAGAUCCAGAAAAUAAUAUUCAAGAAAUGGAAUUAUUAUUAAUUUUAUUACUUGGUUGUGCUGUACAAUGUCCAAGAAAAGAAACAUUUAUGGAAAAAAUAACAAAUUUAUAUGAAGAUAAAUCAAGUCAACAUAUUAUGGUUGAUUAUAUUAAACAAGUAACUCUUUCUCCUGGUAUUGUAUUGACCCAAGAAAUGAUGGAAAAUUGUGGUAUACCAUCAGAUGUAUUUAAAGAUAUUAAAAAAUUAAAUAAUGAACGUAAUAUUUAUAAAGAUAAAUGUCGUAUUAUUGGAAUUGAUGAAUUAUCAUUAAUACAAAAUAAUAAUUUAUCAUCAUAUUGUGAUAAAAAUUCAAGUAUAAGAAAUAAAACAACAAAAUCAGAGUAUGAAGAAAAUCAUCAUAAUGCUGUAACACUUGCUGAUGUACGUUCACAAUUAAGAAAAAAAAAACAAGAAUGUGAUGAGUAUAAAGAAUCAUUAAAUGAAUGUCAGCUUGAAAUUGAAAUAACAAAAGAAACAAUGAAUAAAUUGAAGCAAGAAAAUCAAGAAUUAAUGCAUGAAGCAAGAAUAGCAAAAUCAUAUAGAGAUGAAUUAGAUGUUGUUAUGGAAAAAGCUGAACGUGCUGAUAAAUUAGAACUUGAAGUAUCACGUUAUCGUGAAAAAUGUUCAGAGCUUCAAUUUUGUAGAACAACAAUAACACAAUUAAAAGAAGAAAAACAAACAUUAGAAGAAACUUGUGAUAUGUUAGAGGAACAAUUAAAUUCAUCACGUUGUCGUUCAGAUAAAGUAUUAGAACUUGAAGCACAAUUAAUUAAAUAUAAACAAAUGUUAAAUGAUAUGGUACUUGAACGUGCAUCUGAUAAAGAAAAAUAUCAUGAACUUAUUGAAGAAAAUACACAAUUACGUCAAUUUAAAAAAGCUGCUGAUGAUGAAGCUGAAAAUAUUGAAUCAAUAAGUGAAACAGAUGAACCAAUAAAUUGUGAUAAUAGAUUAUCUGAACAAUUAACAAAUAAUGCACAAACAAGAGCAUUAAAGCUACAAGUUGAAAAUGGUAAAUUAUUAGCAAUGAUUGAUAAAUUAAAAGAAAAUAAAUUUUAUGAAUCAUCAAAUAAAUUAUUAGAACUUGAAAAAGAUAAAAAAAAAAUGUCAUUAAAAAUUGAAUCAUUAAAUGAUAAUAAUGAUAGAUUAAUACAACAAAAUUCUGAUUUAGAACUAAUAUGUCAAAAAGCACUUGAUGAAAAUAAAAAAUUACAAAAUACAUUAAAAAAUCAACGUACAUCAUUUGAAAAACAACAACAAGAUUAUCAAAGUCAACAAUUAAAAAUUGCUGAAUUUGAAAAAAAUUAUGAUAUUGCUAUUAAAGAAAAACAAAGAGUACAAUCAUUAUUUGAUAGUGUAUGUAAACGUGCUGAUGAAUUAGAACGUUCACUUGAAUUAUCAAAUCAACGUAUUGAUGAAUUAAAAAUAGUUGAAGAUAAAUUAAAAAAAACUGAUUCAAAAAUAAGUGAAAUGGUAUCAAAAAUUGUUAUACUUGAAAAAGAUAAAGAAUCAUUAACACGUGAAAUACAUAAAUGUCGUGAAUUAAUUGAAGAAAAAGAUGUUGCAUUAGAUAAAGCAACAAAUUCAAUUGAAUUAUUAGAAAAAAAAUUAUCUGAUUUAGAUAGAGAAAUUGAUAAUUCAGCAUCUCAAAUAAUAAGAUUACAAGAAAUUGAAAAAACAAGUAAAGAACUUGAUUCACAAGCAGCAAUUGAUAAAGAAACAAUGAAAACAUUACAAUCAAAUUUAAUUGCUGAAAAAUUAAAUACCCAACAAUUACAAACAUGUUUGGAAAAAUUAGGUUUAAGUGUUGAUUCAUUAUUAAAUUUAAAUGUUGAUAAUAUUGUUGAUACAUUAAUUAAGCUACCAGAGGUAUCACGACAUAUUGAAAAUUCAAAAAUUAAUCAUAUAACACCAACAACAAAUACAGAUAAUGAUGAAGAUACACCAGUUAAUAAAAAUUUACGUGAAAAAAUUGAAUUAAUGAAAAAAGAAAUUGAUAAUAUACAAUUAAAGUUAAGUACUAGUCAAACAACUGCUGAUAAUUUAUUAGAAGAACAAGCUAAAUUACAAGUAUCAAUAACAACAUUACAAUCAAAAAAUACAUCAUUAAAUGCACAACAUACUGCAUUACAACUUGCUAAUUCACAAUUAGUUGCUGAAAAAGAAGAAUUACUUAAAGAUCGUGAUGUUCAACAACGUACACAUCAACAGCUAUUACAUGAUCAAGUUACUCUACAAAAAUUACAUGAACAACUUAAUAAUGAGUAUGAAAAUCUUCUUCAAGAGAGAGAAACACUUAAAAUUAAUUUACGUGAUGCUAAAAAUAUUGCACGAACACUCAGAGAAAAUUUAGAUGCUUUGGAAAGUAAAAAUAAACAGCUAUUAAGUGAACAAGAAAUUGCUGCUUCAAAUGUUAAAAGUCUUAAUAAUCUCAGAGGAGAACAUUCUAAAUUAAAGGAUGAUUUUAGAAAUUUAUACACUGCAACAGAAAAAUUAAAAUUAGAAUAUAGAAGUUUACAGGAUGAUUAUAGAAAAAAUAAAAUUGAAACAAAUCGUUUGAGUUUAAAACAAACAGAAUUACAAGGUGAAGUCAGUACAAAAGAAGAAAGAUGUGCAAAUCUUGAGCUUCAAAUAAAUAAAUUAAAUCAACGUUGUGAGAUGUUGAUGCAAAUGACGUCUGGCCUUGAUAAUAAUAGACGAUCAUUGAUGGAUCAUGUGAGUGUGCUGUUGAAUCAAUAUCAUGAUCUUUUAACUCAUUCCAUGGAGGACAAAGAACACUAUCACAUGGAAGAAAAAUUAUAUCGUGAUCAAGUUAAUAAUCUUUCAAGACAAAAAGAAAAACUUGAAGAAAAAAUCAUGGAAUAUUAUCGUAAUAAGCAAAGUUGUUCAACAAAAAAAAAACGUUUUGGAGCGAAUUUGGUGAAACAAGUUAAAAAAGUUUCCGAUAUAUUAAAGAAUCGUCAAUCAUGGGCAGAUGAUUCCAAACAAUCAGAUGGUAAAUCUGAAUCUGGUGGAAAUGAUUCAGAUGUUAGUGUUGAUGAUCAUCGUGCAGCAGCUGAUUCUACUGAGCUUGACAACGAUUCUUUUUCUUUGGGAACACCAGGAACUCGACGAACAGUUUAUUACACUGAUGAUUCACCUUCAUCUGCUACUUCCUUGCCACCAGAACAAAAAUCAGCCGAGUCCUUGUCACAAAGUCCAAUUGAACCAGAUGCUCAAACUCAAUCAACACGUACAACAGGUGAUAAAUCAACCCGUCCAGAGGAACAAACACAAACCCGUCCAUUUUUAAUCUACAAUAAAAUAUCAGCAGUUAUCAAUGAAACAACGACAUUAUCCCCAGUAGAAGAGCCAAAUUCACCACAAGAUAUUGGAGAACCACAUACUGCGAAAGAUUCAAAGGUCGGUAAUUCAGUCUGGUAUGAAUAUGGUUGCGUAUAAAUAAAUAAUACAACAACAACAAAGUUGUAGUUGAAAAAAAAAAACAAGUAUAUAAGCAAAAUAAUAAAUAGCAUAAUAAAAACACGAUGAGAAACGACAAAAUAAUAAAAAAAAAAACAACAGAUUGCAAUUAUGCUGAAUAAUCAAUUAUACGCUUCUUCGCCUUAAUUAUUUUAUAAAAUUUUAUUUAUAAAUAAAACAUUUUUUUUUUUAAUUUUAUAUAUUCGAUAAAUUAAAUUAUCGAAAAUUUUUUUUUUUCAAUUUAUAUUUAUCUACAAAUUAUAGCAUUUAAAAUUUAUAUUUUUUAAUAAAAUUUUUUUGUGAUAUAAAUACAAUGUGACAAAAAUAGUAAAAAAAUAAUUUUUUUUUUUUUUUUGAUCAUUGAUGGAAUCGGCAUAGAUGACAAAGAAAAAGAAUUUGUGCUGAUGCAGAAAAGAUUGAAAAAAAAAAAACAAAUAAAUAAAUAAAAUAAAGAUUUUAAAAACCGGAAUGCUUGCCGACUGGUACCUCGAACGAAUCCGUCACCAGUAAAUUAAUUAUACUGUAAAUAUAGUUACAUUUUAUAUUUUAUUUUAGUCUUUUUUAUUAUUUUAUUAUUAUUCAGUUUCUUUACGAAAUAUUGGUCCAUCAAAAUUGAAUUCUAUACGUUCCGACGAAACCGUCUUCCAACGUUAGACUCUUUUUUUUUUUUAGACGCAUAGAUUUAAAAAUUUUUUUUUUUUAUUAUUACCUGAAGCGACUGUAACAUGUGCAUAAAAAAAAAAAAAAAAAGCCGAUAAACUAAACAACGAAUUUUAAAAAGAAUUUUGAAAAAAAAACUACGUAACAAAGUAUUAUUUUUACUAAAGAAUUUUUGUAUCUCGUAGACUAUAAGUUCAAUUUUUUUUAUGAAAAAAUAAAUAAAAAAUUAAAAACAAAAAAAAAAA